AUGCGCUUUGGGAUCUAUUUUACAUUUGAUCAUGCGUUUUUCCAGGCCUCUCUUCGCCUGUAUGCUCGAUUUGGGUGGUCCUGGCGGCGUAAAGCAUGUCCUCCUGAUGCAUUGCUUACUCUUAGCAGCGCUUUAGCUUUGCCUUGUCAUCAAACAAGCAUUUCAACUCCUACCUAUUUCGGUACUGAGCCAAUGGUUUCGCUACGCCCAUCUAGUGCUGGCUCUGGUCCGUCUCGUUCAUCUGGUAUCCGAAGCGGUCUAAGGCCCUCUCUUCCUAAUACCGCCUCGCCGGCUCAAUGCUCUUUUGGAGUGCAGCCUCGACAGCCCGUUUCCAUCUGCUUUCGACCCACUGAGCUUAUCUCUGCCGCUCGAAGUUUGGCUACUGGGCCUUCUAACUCUGCAUGGCCUCAUGCAGUCUCGCCUGGCCGGCUUACUUCGGGCCAGUUAGAGCUGCGGAUCAUGGCUCUUGAGCGCCGGCGCACAAAACAGACCAAUCGUGCUAAUGGCGCUCCUCAACUUGCUUCAAGCACUACUGGUAUUGGUGGUCGUCGUCAGAGCGUGACAGCAACUGUAGGUCAAGGUCAGGCUGGGCAAGGGCUCAGCGCUGCUGCAUAUCCGGUUUACUAUGCCACUGCUCCGCUACCUCUAUUUUUGGCCAGUUCCAGUUCAGGUACAUUUGACUGCAUAAAAUUUUUUAAUGCUCAGAUUUCAUUAAUGCUUUCCAUCUUAUUCGACAAUAUAGGAUUAAAAAAAAUUAAAAUCUGUGCUUCAACAUUGAACCUAAUACAAACAAGCAUUACCACAACAUUUAUGGGUUAG